AAUCGAUCCCGAAUAUAUGAGCGAAUGUCUAACCGGUAUAUUUUUUGUUUCAAUAAAAACUGAAUUUCAUGCGUUGGGAGUGUACGAAGACAUCAUAUUUUAGGUGAACAAUUGACUGAGUAUUGGAACUGAGAAACCAGCAUUGAUCUAGAUCCCAAGGCAAUAUAAAUUAAGCUUCACCAUGGGUGGAACUUUCGGUAAAUUGUUCAGUAGUUUGUUUGGCAAGAAGGAGAUGAGAAUAUUGAUGGUGGGCUUGGAUGCUGCCGGAAAGACGACCAUCCUCUACAAACUCAAGCUGGGAGAAAUUGUCACAACCAUCCCCACGAUAGGUUUCAACGUAGAGACGGUGGAGUACAAGAAUAUAAGUUUCACAGUGUGGGAUGUUGGCGGUCAAGACAAGAUCAGACCACUGUGGAGGCAUUACUUCCAGAACACACAAGGUCUGAUAUUUGUAGUAGACAGCAAUGACAGAGAAAGGAUAGAAGAAGCCAAUCAAGAGCUCACUAGAAUGUUGAAUGAGGAUGAUUUAAGAGAUGCAGUGGUACUUAUCUUUGCAAACAAACAGGACUUGCCUAAUGCUAUGCAGGUUGCGGAAAUUACCGAUAAGCUUAACCUUAACCGGCUUCGUAACAAUCGUUUCUGGUACGUCCAGGCAACCUGUGCUACUUCCGGAGAUGGACUAUACGAAGGAUUAGACUGGCUCUCUACUCAACUUAAACAAAAGAAGUGAAGGAAUAAAUUCUUUUUAAGAGAACAAUAUCACAGGGGUUGAGAAACAGAAGUCCUUUGGUCCAAAAGAGUGAAAUUUGAGGAAAGUGAUGUUGGUAUUUUUCUACCAAGUAAAUUGUGUCUGCUUACUUUGCUACCAUAUAUAGGUUAAUGAGACACUUACAUUAAUAAUAAUGAUAAGAAUAACAAUUGCAUAUUUACCCAGGGUAGCCACUUCAGUUUAAAAAAAAAAAUGUUUUUCUUUGGGUCCUGCUUUAAUCACAUUUUGGGUAAAUUACUAGAUUUGCUUGGUAGAAAAUGAUUGAAUACAUCACUUUUUUGCAAAUUAAUGAUUUCUGUUUUUCAACUGUCAAUUUCCUCUCAAUAUUCCUGUACAAGUAGUACCAUCCUAUCAUUAUUAUGUUUCUGGGUUAUUAUGCAUGUGAUAUACAUCAUUGAGGACAACACUCACGCACAAGGUAUCUUUGGAAUAGUUCUAUUCGUUUGGACUGUUUCACAGGUAACGAGUUGUGUAAUUAUUGAAAAGCCCGAUUAAAACGAUGUGCAUUACUAAAGAUAGCUACCUGGAUCCUUCGAUAAACCAUCCUCACCUUCAAAACCAUGACUGGUCAAUAGAACCCCGUAUUAAUACCAGUCGUUAGCAAAAAUUUCUAUCAACAUAUAUGUUUGGUCACAUGAUACAUUUCAGCCAAUCGCUUGAUUGGGAUCCAUGUCACCAUAAUUAUUAUUCCUACUUAACCUUAGGUACUUGUGCGUAUCUUAAUAGAUGUCUACAAAUACACAUGGAGCUGGAUAUCUACAUUUACUCGGCAGAGCUGUGCAUGUAGUUGCCAUAAAAUGAACGGCCCUUGUAAUGUGCUACCUCGUCGUCUUUCAUAUGCUGGGCAAGGCUCAGUGAUUCAACUCCACAUUGUCUCACGAUAUCAGUCCGCAUCUGCGGCCAUCCGCCUUAAAACCCACAAAAAGUUGCCCAUAAUGAAUUCUAAGAUUUUCGUCAAGGUUGAAAAGGCAUAUCCCAAGUGUAAAAUGCUAGAUAGCCUAUCAAAAUUGGUUAACAAGUUCACAGAGAAGUACAACUCAUUUCAGCAUAAGCUUCUGAGAAUAAGGAGAAAAUGAAGUUUCAACAUUUGCAGUUCACUCAGGCAUAAUACUUGCAUAACGUGCAAUCGGAUGUGGGUUUCCCUCCAAAGCAGUCGAGGGAAAAAAUGAUGGUAAAGAAACUCUUGUAUCUUGUUCUGACAGUCUCAAGAAAAAGAGCUGCUCUUCUGGUAACCUUGUUUUCAAAAUUUGAAUUUUGAAGACCAAAUUACAAUUUUAGCUAAUUUUGCAACAACUUGCCUGGCAAUUUAUUGUUCGUUUUGAGGUGGAUGAUCGCAGGUAUUUUUUCUAUGGCAACUUCAGUCGCUGUCAGUAGCCUGUACUCAGUUGCGAAAGAUCGCUCCGAGCGAGUGGACGUUAUAACUCUGCGCUAUGCAAAAUUGUUGAUCCUACAUGGAUGAUCAUGCGAUUGGAUCAUUGUAUGCCACCUUUAAGGAGAUUGUGCGAUAUGCAGGAUAUUCAGUAAACGCCCUAUGGGCACAUUGUAUGAUGAUUGUAGACCAAAAAUAAAUUGGGUAGAACAGCUUGGAAGCAUUUUUAUGAUGGACCUACCCAGUAUGUAUACUUUGUUGUACACAAAACUUUCCACCUCCCUGUUUAUAUUAAAUGCUGCUUUUUUUUAUUAGAAGUUAUUUAACAAUCCUGUCGAGCAAAGCGCUAUUCGUAGAUUGAACAGUUCCAGUGAGGAAGAUACCACAAACAACAUGACUGCAUGUCAUGUGCAUGUAGAUCAUGGCCAAACAUGCAUUGAAAAGGUUUGUUCCAUUUUGGGAUAUCGCUUACAUGUCCUGCAGUUGCCCCCUGUCAUUUCACUAUGUAGAUAAUAUUGAAUAAGUGAUAAAGUGUGUAAUCAACGUAACUUAUGGUUUUUUAGAAUGGGAAAUUUUAAUGAGAACUAAUGAAUUUAUAUAUUGAAACUUCAUACAUUUAGAUUAGAAACUAUUUUAGAAACUCUGGGUAUGUAUAAAUUGUCUAUAUAAGCAAGGAACUUGUAAUAGUGAUCAUAUAAUGCAACAUAAUUGGGCGUGCCAUGUUUUGCUUGUAACAAUAUCUACAGAUGCACAGACUGUACAACAAGUGCUGUUUGGUUUCAACUAGAGUUGAAGUUCCUUAUUACAGAGACCAACAUGUAGGGGCUAUGUUAUAAACUGUAAGGUAUGCAUGACAUGCACAACUGGUGAACUGUUAUGCUAAAUAAGAGAUGUAAUAUUUCAACAAAACUUGAGUGAAUUUCUCAUGACCCUAUUCAAACUUAUAAUACAAAGUAGCAAGCAUCUAGAUGUUCAGAUGAUCAUUAUCAGCCAAAAUUUUACCCUACAAAUAUCAGAUUUCAUCUUCAGUAGGUUAUGAAAACGAAGCACCAAGAAUAAGUCACCAGUCUUGCGCACAGCCAUGCCUAGCUGACAAAUGGCUUUACAAAGUAUCACCCUGAACACAUAAUGUACAUGUACCUCACACUAUAUUAAUCAUUGAAUAAUAAUUGCCGUAAUUAUGAGAUGUGUGUUAUUUUUAGAUGUAUUCUACAUUUAUGACAAAUUGAGUUGAUUGUAGCUGCCUUAAAUAAAUCUGCAUAUUAGAAGAAUAUGAGGAAGAAACAGAUUAGAAUGAAAAUAGGAGAUCUUCAUGAACGAAUACUGUAUUUUAUUAGUGGAUAUUAGAAUUAGAAUUUUUAUUUUGAUAUUGUGCUUAUGGUAAUGAUCUUUUUUGAGAAUUGUUGAACUCCGGGGCUCGUUGCUGAGAGAGUUUCCAUCAAACGCAACUUCAUUUUUAUCCAAUCAGUUAUGUGUAUUUGGGACUCGGCUUGAAAUUUGGAGUUGCGUUUAACGCAGAUUUGUCUGGAAUUGACUCUUUGCUGCUCAAGUAAAUGCUCUAUGGAAACAUUUAUUAGUUGGCAAAGAGCAAAGAUUUGUAUUGUUAGCAACCAUUGCUGCAAGAUAUUCUAGCGAAGACCAAGAACCAGUUGAUAUGAUCAAUUUCAUAUCACUCUUUGUCAUUCUAUUGGAUGUUGCAAGUAUGUGAAUAAUUGAUAAAGCAUUCUCUGCUGUUUUCUUUUAAAAUUCCAUGCGUUAUUUUGUAAGUAUGUCUGAUAUAUUU